CGAUUUGGCAAGCGGCAUUUUGCGUAACUGUAGAAUUGUAUCUCGUCCAAAAUAGUUUUAAUACAGUAUUAUGAGUAUAUACUGAAGGGUCGAUACAAUGCGUAAACGUUCCGAUUAGAUUAUUAGAAAGAUUUUUAACAUCUAUUAACUAUAAAUAAUAACUAGGCCUAGCGACGCAGAAAUGUAAUCUGCUUCCCUAUUUGGCAGAACUUUAUCGUUGUUGUGAAUCAACUUGUUGUGGGCAAGGGAGUGCCGAGUGGGGACAAAGGUCGUGCGACGUGCACACUCCAGUUUUGCACACACUCAUUGCUCGUUGACAAUCAUGGCGGGCAGCUGGAAAUGUCAUGCAUUAAUUACCUGCACUGUGGUAUUCAGCUGUAUAUGUACAGCUGCGAGUUUGGACUGCUACGAAUGCAAAUGGGCGCAGGCAGAGGGCGGUGUGAUCACUGGUGACGCUGGGUGCGAGGAUGACUUUGCUCUCGACGACAACGUGUACUAUAUCAAGCGAGGAUGUACAUCCUGUAUGAAGAUAAAAACACUGAUAGACCUUGAGCAGGUCGAGAUAACACGAUCGUGUCACACGCUCACCUACCAGGGCAACUACUGCAACGAGGAGAGGCGAGACUUCGACACCAGCAUCUGGACAUGCUACUGCUCACUGGAUAAUAAUUGCAACUCUGCACCAUCACUGCAAGGUGGCGCCCUCGUGUGGAUGGUCACAGCAGCCUUGAGUGGACUGCUUAUGAUGCUUCUGGCUUAGUAAAUUAGUACCUGCUAGGCACUGGUGUGAGCCACAUAGGCCAUAUUUGUAUGAAACUUUGUCGGUCAUGACAGAGCCUGUGUCGGGAGAGCUCUGUUGUGUAAGCGUUGUGUAUAUAAUUGAUUUUAUACCGUAUAUUCGUAGAAGGUCAAUGUACCUUACAAAUCACGAUUGAAUGAUGAACAGCCCAGUUAUUGUUAAAAGUAAAUAUAUAUCUAUGUAUCAAUUUCCCAAGCUCUGCAGAUGAUUGAAACUCCACUGAAUUUUUUUAGACCAGAGACUUACUUGCAUGUCAAGAUUACCAUACGAAAGUCUCACAUUUAUAAUGUAAAUGUUGAAUUUCUCUUCCUGUACUUAUGAGUAGACCUAGUAUCAAUAUAAUAAGAUGUUUGUAUAAUUGCAAGCAUAGAGUUAGGUGAGUACGGUCUUUGUUUCUGUAAUUUUGUAUCACGUUUUUUUACCUAAAUGACAGUAAUAAAAUAAAUUAUUCCUAA